AUGUUUCUCUUUGCCUGGUUUUUGCUUUUUGCCGUCGGCGCUCUGGCUGGCGGAAGCUCGUCCAGACCGAGCCCGGACGUUGUGCGCUCGUACCGCGACUUGCACCGCGGGCUGCUCGAGCCCAUCAACCUGUAUAAUCCUCAGCCACAGACAGUUGCGCCUCUCGGUCCCCCCUGGAGGGGUCGGAACAAGCUUGCAAACAUGCAGAACUACAUCCGGAACGUCUACAACCACGAGGCCUACAUUGAUCCUGAAGCAGGCGCUGCUCUGACCCGUUUGCGCGGCAACAUGCAGUGGAUUAUCAAUCAUCCCAACGAUCCACGCAUCAAGGAUUACCAACGUGGCCUGGUCGCGGUUAUGGAAGAAGCAAGCGCGCAAGCCAAGCAUGAUAUGCAGAAUGGGCUGCACCCGGUCAAUGUACGCGCGCAGCAUCUUGAUCCCAUCCGCUCCCUGUCGAACAAGGUCAACGGUGUCGUGGACCUCUUUGGCCAAGGCAGAUCAGAACUCAUGAGCAGUCACCUCGAACAGGCCGACCGUGAUCGCUUCGCCAAGGCAUUCGAAGUUCUCUUUUCCGAGAAACAUCUGCUCAGCUCUGCCACUCGACUCGCUACAACCGUCCCUCGUCUCCAGUAG